AUGUCCGGUGGUAAAUCUGGUGGUAAAGCUGCUUCUGCUAGCAAGAGCUCUCAAACUCGUUCGGCCAAGGCCGGUUUGACCUUCCCUGUUGGUCGUGUUCACCGUCUUCUUAGAAAGGGAAACUAUGCUCAACGUGUUGGUGCUGGUGCUCCCGUCUACCUUGCUGCUGUUCUUGAGUAUCUUGCUGCCGAAAUCCUCGAGUUGGCCGGUAACGCUGCUCGUGAUAACAAGAAGACUCGUAUCAUUCCCCGUCACUUGCAAUUGGCCAUCAGAAACGAUGAGGAGUUGAACAAGCUCUUAGGUCACGUCACUAUUGCCCAAGGUGGUGUCUUGCCCAACAUCCACCAAAACCUUCUCCCAAGAAAGACCACCAAGUCCAAGGGUGCCAGCCAAGAAUUGUAA